AUGGCGCAGAAGUCGAGGAAAGAAGCAGAAGCGGAGGUCAGAGGAUGGGGAUUCAACCACGUAUUUACCUGGACUGAUGGACCUAACGCCCAUUAUCCGCCUCACACCCAUGCCGGUAUCACUACACAUCUCGUCUUGAAGGGGAGCCUCACUCUCAGUUAUCCUGAUGAUACAAACCCAAAGAAAGAGCAAUGUAAUGUUGGCGAUAGAUUCGACGUCGAUGCCAACAAGCGCCAUGAAGUUUGGAUAGGCCCUGAGGGCUGCACCUAUGUCAUUGGAGAGUGA